AUGAUUACAAGAUCAAAAUUAUCAGGGUUAUUCAAUGAAUUUUUUUCAUCGGAGCAUUUUUUGGUUGUGGGGGCUUCUUCUGAUCCAUCGAAAUAUGGAAAUAAAGUUUUGAAAUGGUAUAUGAAUAAUAAUUAUCCAGUUACAGCUGUCAACCCAAAUGAAAAAAUUGUAGAAGGUUUAAAAACUAUACCAAACCUAUCAUCAUUCUCAUCAAAUAUUCCACCAUCAAAAAUUUCAGUUUCAAUUAUCACGCCUCCAAAAAUUACCAAAACAAUUUUAGAAGAAGCUGCCAAACUUGUGGGUGUGCUAGGUGACAAAUGA